AAAAUCCCAUCCCAUUGAGAAAAGGGGGCUGGGGGCGCUGCGACCGCCCCUUACCCUCCCGAAGGGCUGGGGAAAACCGGCAGCCUGCAGGUGGGGGAAGGGGCUAGAGCUCGCUGCCUGGGUCCCUAAGGUUCAGACGCCAGGGUCCCUGCGCUAGGUGGUAGUGAGGGGCUGGACGCUGAUCACGAUUACUGGGCGGAGGGCUACGUCCCCUGAGCUGGGGGGCGGGGUAAGAUGGUUCUGAAGGAUGCUGGGGCGGGGAGGGGGAGGAGGAGGGAUCAAUUCUCCACCUCCCCUCAGUCUCUCUCCCUUGCCUUCCAUGGGCUGGGACCUGAGGGAGCAGGCUUGAUUUUUGUGAAUGAAAUGCACUCUGGUUGUGUCUCGGUCGUCCGUUUCUGGCUUCCUCUGCCUCCAUCUCCCUUUCGGCCUCUCUCUGGCCAUUUCUGGUUCUCUCCCUGCUCCCUGCCCAUCUCCCGUUGCUGGGUGACUCAGUGAGCUUUGCAUCCGGUCUCAUUCAUAAAUCCGGGAAGGGGUGGGGGGAAGAGAGCCUGGGUUUCUCACCCAGCCAGUGGCCUGGGCGGCCGAGUGUGGAGGCAGUGUAGGGGGAUCUGGAGCUGAGUUGAUGGGCUCUAAGAAAAUACAUAUGCGCAGGCACCCAGCUGUGAGGGGGAAUGAUGGGUGGGGCUGUGGGAAUGUGCUGAGGGAUGAGAAGGAGACUGGGUUGAUAGGGGAAGAGCAGGGAGGGGGAAGGGAAGUGGAAAACUGGGGCUGUGGGGGUCAGGAUGGGAACGAUGGGGAAAGGGACGAAGGUGGGUGCGGAGAGAAAAGGUGGAUACGGAGAAGGUACAUGGUUCAGGUCCGAGCCGUGGUGAUGGCCCGAGAUGACUCCAGUGGGGGCUGGCUGCCUGUGGGGGGCGGGGGCCUCAGCCAGGUGAGCGUUUGUCGGGUCCGAGGGGCCAGGCCCGAGGGGGGGGCCCGCCAGGGGCACUACGUCAUCCACGGGGAGCGCCUUCGGGACCAGAAAACCACCUUGGAGUGUACCCUGAGGCCAGGCUUGGUUUACAACAAGGUGAACCCCAUCUUCCAUCACUGGAGCCUGGGCGACUGCAAGUUUGGGCUGACGUUUCAGAGUCCCGCAGAAGCGGACGAGUUCCAGAAGAGCCUGCUGGCUGCACUGGCUGCACUGGGGCGAGGCUCGCUCACCCCCUCUUCCUCCUCCUCUUCCUCCUCCCCUUCCCAGGACACCGCAGAGACUCCCUGCCCUCUGACGUCCCAUGUGGACAGCGAGUCCUCCUCCAGUCACAGCCACCAGGAGACGCCUCCCACCGCCGCGGCGGCCACUAUCAUCACUGUGGAGUCAGCUUCUGGCUUCGGGCCGGCCACGUCCCCCCAGCGCCGGCGCUCCUCCGCUCAGAGCUACCCUCCGCUCCUACCGUUCACGGGGAUUCCGGAGCCCUCAGAGCCCCUGGCCGGGGUAGGGGGCCCGGGCUGGGGCGGCCGUGGCUAUGAGGAUUAUCGGCGCGCUGGGCCGCCCGCACCCCUCGCCCUGUCCACCUGCGUCGUGCGCUUCGCCAAGACCGGCGCGUUGAGGGGUGCAGCCCUGGGGCCUCCCACCGCGCUACCCGCCCCUCUCGCCGAGGCUGCGCCCCCAGCGCCCCCGGCUCGCCCGCCACCCGGCCCCGGCCCUGCGCCUGCGCCGGCCAAGGCCUCCCCGGAGGCAGAGGAGGCGGCGCGCUGCGUGCACUGCCGUGCGCUCUUCCGCCGCCGAGCUGACGGGCGUGGUGGCCGCUGCGCGGAGGCCCCGGACCCGGGUCGCCUGCUGGUGCGCCGGCUCAGUUGCCUGUGGUGCGCCGAGAGCUUGCUCUACCACUGCCUGUCAGACGCCGAGGGCGACUUCUCGGACCCGUGCGCCUGCGAGCCGGGCCACCCGCGUCCCGCCGCGCGCUGGGCCGCGCUGGCCGCCCUCUCCCUGGCGGUGCCCUGCCUCUGCUGCUAUGCGCCCCUGCGCGCAUGCCACUGGGUCGCGGCACGAUGUGGCUGCGCUGGCUGCGGGGGUCGCCACGAGGAGGCGGCGCGGUGAGGACGGCCUGGUGGGUCCAGUAGCUGCACCGAGGACCCAAAAUUGAGGGUCCAGGACCCUGGACUCUGUUCGGACCCCAAACCCAAACCUAGGCACACCCGGAACUUGGAGCUUGAGUUUGGAUUGAGAGACCCCAGACCUGGAACCUGGACCCCAAAUCUAGGACUGAGAGACCCCAGACCCAGCUUCAUUGGGAUGUCUGUCCAAGAGGUCCCAGGCAUCCUGAGUUCUGGUGUCCCCAUCCUGCCGCCAUCCCCUCCCUGACCUAGACUGAGGAGACUCCAGGCAUCCCCCAGACUCUACACCUCGGGCAGGCUGGGGAGCAUCUGUAUCCCUGAGAGAUGCAGGGCCCUGAACCCCAACUCCCUGUUCAAAUAACCAACCCAGACCCUAUCAUGCCCGACGCCAUGAACCCUCAGAUUACAGCCCCGGAGUUAGUCAGGAGUUACCAGUACCCGACCCUGCCUGUAUACGAUUCCUCCCAGAUCUUGAGACCAUAGAACCCAGAUUCACCCCAGAUGGUCACCGAAUGCUCACCUAAAACUUGGGGCACCCAUAUCUGAGAUGUUCUUGUAGCCUCCAGGACCCCUGAGACACCAAACUCUCUUACAAUGCCCUGAGUCGUUCGAUAUGCCCAAACAGAUGUUCUCUGACCAAGAUGACUUGGGAGACCCAUCUCAGAGUCUCUCCCAUUCCCCCCAACCAAGAUCCAGAUGUCAGACUCCAAGAUGCUCUGGGAGCCAAGGACCAAAGACCUCUGUAGACCCACCCACCCCAAGGCAGUGUUCCCAGGAGCUUUGGAUCUCCUAUAUGGGACUCUGAUGUGCCUCGUACUCCCCUAUGUAGUACUGAAGGCCACCAACACCUUGGGGCCCAAGACACUGGUCCCAAGUCCUCGGAUAACCCUUUUUCAAAACCCAUUAGACUUGGAUUUCAAGCCCCAUAAGAGUCUGGAAUCUUUGGCUGCUUUGUAUCCACAGAUCCUCAAUUCCCUAAAGGCUGGAAGCCCAGCUCCCAGAAGAUGGGAUGUUCAUGGCAACCCAGACCUCUGACCCCUUGGCCCCCAGCCCCUGAGCAACCCCAAGGUGCUUUGGGAGCACUGGUCCCAAGACCCCAAGGUGCCAUUGAUACCCCAAAUUCAGGGCUCAAGCCUACACAACAUUGGGAUUGUCCCUGCUCAAGACCUUGGUCUCUCCAUACCAGAGACAGAACUGAAGUGCCCCAGGGCCAUAGCACCUUCAGAUCCCAGAUUUCUUUGGACUCAAGCCUCUUAAGCCUGAUAUUCCCCAAGACCUGCUGCCCUUGAAUCCUGAUGUCUAUAAGCCCCUGAAACCCCAAGGUCCCAGACCUCUGAAUUCAAGUCCUAAGGAUCCCAGCCCAAGCCCCCAGCAUCUCACAGAACUACCCUUUUACUAGGGUAAAAAACAAACAUUUUGAGCUCAUGUUUCUGAAUUCCAGAACUACCCCAGAGCUCCCCCA